AUGCCUGCUCUGUUAGGGCUGCAACAACCGCUGCCUCAGCUAUUUCCCGGCAUUAACUUGGCAGGUUUCUCCCUCGAGACGCGCCUCGAUCUGCAAGUUCAGAUCCUCGUCCAAGUCAGUGAAGAUAUGCUCGCGAAGCUAGAAGCCAGAUUUGGUAUUGGCGAGGGUACCGCCCCCAACCAAGGAAUUUUCGAGCCGACGAGAGCCGGUAAGAUGCUCAGCAUGAUGCUGGAGGAAGAAGCCAAUGAGCAGCCUCCGUUAUAUGAACCUCGAAGCCCCUGCGAGCCUCUGAAAAAUAUCCUUGCCAAUCUGAAGCGAAUGAUCAACGCUGAAACUUCAAAAAGCAAAGACUUUUGA